AUGCUUCAUGAGCUCCUAUUCGCUCUUAACGGAUUUCCUGGCGAUAUAUGCACUUAUUUCGACAAAACCGAAUCUUCUGCUGACCGGAAGGGUCUCCGACUCCUUUCGGAUCGCCUGCCCUUCAUCACUCCUAGCGAGACCCUCCUUGUGUCACAACUCCUACUUCUCGCGGAGGACUAUAUUAAACUCAAAAAUUUUAUCGACCGUUUUAAGAUCCCACAUGCCAGUCUCUACAUAACUGCCUUGGCACGCGGUCUUGACAAUAUUCUUGAAGAUUACCGAUCAACAUUGUGCAAUGUCGAGCAAAGCCUCCUAUCUGAUGCCAGUUGCGGACUCACCUUCAUAUUUGCUAAGGUUUACUCCUUUAAACCCCUCUUAUCUUCACUGGCUACGCUUCUUGAAAAGGUUAUGCGCCAAAUCGCACCUGAAAGCACAAAAACGUCUUCAAAGCAGUGUUUGCUUGACAUAAUCAUACAAGUUGCAAACACUAGUUUUCCAUCCUUAAAACCAAUUUUUCGUCAUCUGGCUGCUUGUCAGAUGCGGGUGCUGUACAGCCAGCUAUCCGGGUGGCUCCUUUACGGUGUUCUCGUGGAUCCUUUUGGGGAAUUUUUCGUUCAACCCUUUAGCCGGGGUCUGGACUCUGACACGGCACAGCGUAGUCAAACCACGGAUCUGUCACCAGACGAGAGGCCUACCUCAGACAUUACCGAGGUACCCGCUGAGCGUCGUUUUGAGCUUUGUACUCGCAAUCUGCCCUCUAUCAUAUCGCCGUCCAUGGCGAAUGAUGUCCUUUAUGCCGGCCAAGUCGUCAGUUCCUUCGCCAAACUGACAGGGGAUUCCAGUCCUUCCAAGUGUUCACUUUCGAUUUCGCUGGGCGAUAAUUUUUCCGAAAAAUUUGCCCAACAGGCACGAAAUCUAUUUUGCCCUGCUAUGCCGGAGGACGCACCGCUUGUGGAUAUCGACAGUCUGCAGUCAAUGCUUCAUGACAUCUUGCUUUUUAUAUCAACUCAGGUUCAUGAGCGAAUGUUCAAAGAGUGCGAUCUUCCCCAUCAUUUGAAUAUGCUAAGGGAUAUUUUACUGAUGGGCAGAGGUGAACUGUUUUUGACAUUCUUUGACAACCUUCGUCGGGAAGUAGAUAGCGAGUUCAGCAUGACCAUUGCUCUGCAUAGGAAUUACAAACGCUCAGGAAAUUACAUGAAUCGCGAUCUGCUCGACCGACCAACACCGUCAAGUAUCCUCGAAGCUCAGGGUCUAACUCACGCAGUGAACCGGGCUUUUUUGACCGCUGCCAGAGCUGUAGGACUGAACGACGAAGAACUGGAGAAAAGAUUCAGGCAAGUACACUUUAAUAGUGUCCAAAUUCAUCCACUAAUUUGAAAAGGUUUGCUUUGAGUAAUUACUCGUAUUAUGAGUUGUGGAAACCUUAUUUGGGAUAGAUUAGCAGCAGGGCUUCUAGGUAGCAAACUUUCUACCUGUUCUAAUCCCCAAUUGCUCAUAAUCUGCCUUAGCACUCUUUCAAGACGAAAACUGAAAUUCUCCGAAAACUCGGGUGUCGAACAUAUUCGUUCCGACCAAGUCUGGACAACAUCCACUUCCCACUGCACAACUACUAGUAUGUUCGCUAUACUUUUCAGGCGUAGAUAUUCCCCAAACUGCUAAUAUGUGGUCGUCACUCGUUGGCGGACCACUAGGUGUCGCGCAAUUCAUUUAGGUCUUUUGGCCACUUCGGCCUCCGCAUUAGUCGAACUCGGGUUGGAGGAUGUUUAUCAAUGAGUUGGUUUUUAUGCCCCCAAAUCGAUCUUGAAAUUAGCCUCGAUUGGAAGAGAACACCGUGACUGAGAAAUGUCGCUCUAUGUUGCCCUAAGAGCUAUUUUAUUCCCAUUGCGUUUAGUAAUUCCAGACAGAACUCGUGACGGAAUUGAUAACAGGAGGAUCCACUGAUGGCAAAACUCGCAGAUGCAUUCUGCAUCUACAGAAAAUUCGAUAAACCCUUGGAUAUAUGGAUAGUACAUAAACUGUGUGGUAAAAGGGCAUUAUAGGGCUGUCACUUGUCUCCUGGGCGUCACAACCCAGUCUUGCGCUUCCUGGUACUACUUGUCUGCUUACUCUCCAGAAGUCGCCUAUCAAGCCUAUUUGGUUUGAAUUGAUCAGACUUAUUUGAUAAAAAGUUGUUGAGUUGCUUGAUGUUUUCUUAGAAAAUUACUGCCCAGCUACAUAUGCUUGGCCGCUUAAAUGGUCCGAAUGAUCCCCGUGCUUCCUUACGCAUAGUUAAAUUCCAUUGAUUUAGAUACAAGUUCCAUCAUGCCUAAUGUAGUCGGCCUCAUUUCAAGACUGCUUGGAAGUUGUCUUCUUUAACGUUUCGGCUCAUUGGUUUCCAGCAUCAAAGCAACAGUGAUAGACGAACCUACUUGGUGGUGGUUCACGUUUGCCUUGCCGCAGUGCCAUCUUUGAGUUUUGUGGUAUUUUAUAUGGCGGCGGGUGUACAGACCUCAGCCAUCCGCGCCUGGGUAGCACCGGUGCUUCUGGUCCACGACUACUUCUUUACCAGGUGUACAUAUCUGCAGAUUUCCUAGUUGGUCCCCACUAAAGACCUUCAACCAUCCGUUGCUCCCGGACUCAUUGGGUAGUCAGCGAUUAGCCUAACGACCAGAUCCGUAUCUUCGGUCAUUACAAUACAGCAUUAUUUCGUUCCAAACUCAUUUUCUUUAAAUAAUGCCUACCGGCACCUCAGAAACAUCAGUUUUUAUUCAACUGGCAUUGAAGAGGCAGUUCGUCUUAUUAGCCAAGCGGACCUGAACCCAUUAUCGAAAGCAAAUUAGAGCUUAUACCUUGCUAUUCAUUAUGACAGCCGAUAGCUCUAACCGCAGCUCCACAGGCGCUAGUUUGUUAGACUGAUGCCAAUGUAUUAUUAUGCAUUGCCUCGAGGUUGUGUACCUGAAUCUAGGGCGCUUGGUAUUCUUGUUGCACACGACAGUUCGACCGUCUGUUGCCGACGAUGUCCACCGUGUGCUCCACAGCAAGAAGAGAGCAGGCACGGUAACUUGCGUGUGAUUUAGUUUAUGGCGAGGAUAGACUUGCGCAGCAUCUACCGCACUUUCUCCUCAUUCCCCACCUGGGCCCGGUGCCAAGGCAUAGUCAAAGUGGUCGGAGGCGAGACAGGGCGUAGGUGGCUGGGACGACCGGACCCGGCGGUGCAGCGUCAGAGCUGGUCAUCGGGGAAGGGGCGUAGACGCUGACGAUAGUGACGAAUUUGCCACCCCGGAGGGACAGGCGAGGGCUCAUCAGGCGAUCGUUGAUGCCCUGCGGCAGACAGGGAAGUCAUCCCACAAUGUGGUUCCGGAAGGCAAGGUUGACGUCGGCCUCUCGUCGCUCUGCCUCUGGAUGGCCGCUCUAGAUGAAUAGGUAGUCGGCGCCCACCUUCUCCAGUUGGCUUUGGUCAGAGAACCGGGUCUCGCUGAGUGCAGCGAUAGGGAAGACUACCUUGAACAAAUGAUCAGAGCGGCUGUUAGGGGUCCGACUGUACUCAUAAUUACCAAUAAAUCUCUUGAAAAUGUGUCCGAAUGCAGUGUUACGAUCUAUGUUACGUCGUCCGCGGUAACCGACGCGCACCGCAACCCUGGUCCAGUAAUGCGGGCGAAUAGUAUGCGAACUGGGCUGAUCAGUAGAGGAUGGACCCUAGAUAUUGGGUGCUGGAAUGUGCGAACGUUCCUUGACCCCUGUACCCAAAAUCUGACCGCGCGCAUCCGUAAUCAGUACAACGUGGAUGUCUACUGUCUGUCUGACGUUCGACUUCCUGGCUCAGGCUCUCGAGAAAUAAAGAUCCCUGGAGUCGACUCACACUUCAUCCCGUACCACAGCGGUCCACGCGACUUCUAGUAGACACGGUGUGGCGAUCGCACUCUCGCAAUAAGCGGACUUCGCUUUACUUGCUUAGAAACCAGUCAAUGACCGGAUGACUUACGUGCGACUGAAGGGUCACUUCACGAACAUCUCCAUUGUCCCUGUGUACGUACCAACUUCAGCUGCCGGACAUCACAAUAAAGAGGCGUUUUACUCUCAGCUGAAAGUGUUAGUUGAAAGACUCCCUCGUCGCGAUCUACUGAUUGUUGCCGGGGUUCGAAUGGUCGGACUGGGCCUGGUGACUCCACAAACAGUCAUAUUCUUGACCGCUUUGGGAUUGGUUCCCGAUGCGAAAAUGGCGAGAGAUUGCUGAACCUCGCUGAUAAGAACCGACUGCUUGUCACCAACACGUGCUUCCAGCAUCGCCGCAAACAUCUGCUGACCUGGUACUCAAACGAUGGUCAUACGGCCAGUCAGUUCGAUUACAUACUAGUCAGCUCAGAGUUACGCAGUUGGGUUCGUGAUAGUAGAUCAAUGCGGGAUGCCGAGACUGAUAACGCCCAUGGGUCGGACCAUGUUCUCGUUUACACACGCAUUAAAGUUCACCUCUCAUCCACGCCCAAAAUGCCAGGUUAUAGACGCCUUGAUGUCGCAAAAAUCCGGCAACCUAACACUGCCGUGGCCGUGAGCAGAGAAAUCUGGUCCUCUCUCACGACCCGAAUCAACGGAGAAGGGAAUAACCAGUGGUCUUCACUGAAAACAUCAGUCAAUGGAACGACUGAGAAGAUUCUUGGAUGUACUCAGCGGCGCCGAAGUGAUUAGAUCAGCCGAAAAACCCUGAAGUUGUCUGCACAGACGGCAUGAGCCACUUUUCGUAAUAGUGAUUCGUUCCGCUAACUCUGGAAAAUGGCGGCAAAGUCGACUAGGGAUGGUCGGAAGAGAUAUUGGGUAGAAACAGGGACCUCCAUAAAACAGGCCUCGAGCGUUGAUGACACCCGAAAACUGAACCAAAUUAUCCGCCAAGUUAAUGGUAAGCCUUCGACACUGAGCGACUUUGUUCGCGAUGCGGACACUGCUUUACUGCUGACAAUUUAGCCAAGAUUGAUCACUAGCGCGAGUACUUCGAGCACAAUCUCAGCUUUGGUGAGCAACCCAUCACACCCUCGCUGUCAUCAGCAGCGGAGUUUUCUUCCUCUCCAACCUAUGCUGUGUCAUGCGACUUGCCUUAAGAAGUCGCUGGUGCAAUACAAAGACUGCGCAACAGCAAGGCACCCGGAGAGGACGGUAUCGCCGCUGAAAUCUACAAGUCUUUUGUCGACAUUCUGGCGUCCUGGCUUCACGAGGUGAUUGCGCAAGUGUAGAGAUGAGGCCGUUCCUGAUGACUGGGGCUCGGACAUCCUUGCGCCAGCCUUCAAGAAGGGUGGUAAAACAAGGCGCGAGAACUACCGCGACGUAAGCCUCAUCGACGUUGCUGCGAAGAUCUUAGCCGUUGUUCUUAGGCGAUUCCAGGCCGUACGUGACUCUAGAACGAGGCCCAACCAAGCCGGAUUCGGAGGUGGGCGUGGACGUGCCAACCAGAUAUUCGCACUGAGGCGCAUUCGGGAAUUUCGUUAAACCGACGACAGACAGCCGCCUGUUUUGUUGACUUCGCCGUUGCGUUUGAUUACCAUUACCGUGAGUCCCUGUAGCGAAUAAUGGGGCUGGAUGGUGUCCCGCCUAAAAUCAUCGCCAUAAUCAAGGCCUAUUACCGCUCAACCACCGCGCGAGUUCUAGUCCAUAGCAGUCUCUCCCAGCCGUUUGAUAUUCAGUCUGGCGGGUUCGGCAAGGUUGUAUCUUGUCGCCCAUUCUGUUCAACUACGCCAUUGAUUGGAGUCUGGGGGACGCCCUACACAAAGUUGACGGUAUUGAGUUUGUAACCGGCCGCCGGCUAACUGAUCUUGACUAUGCUGAUGCUAUCGCUUUGCUAGCUUCAAACUUUGGCGACCUACGGUCUAUGGUGUCGCGGGUGGAUAAGGUCACUCAAUCUGUCGGUUCAUCCACAAACAUUGCGACGACCAGUGUUUUCAAGCUGCAUCUCUGACCGAGAGAAGAAACGUCGAAAUUAGUGACUACCGAGUCAAUGCUGCUCGCUGGAUUUCUUCAUACCCUUGGAAGUGUCUUUGGAUCCGAAGCGAUCUCUCCAUCGCCACGAAAAUUCGCUUGUACCAUGCAUCCGUCCUGCCAGUCUUUAUGUACGGUUGUGAAUGUUGGGCUGUGCGCGUAAAAGAUGAGCCACAUCUGGUGGUAUUUGGUCACGACUGCAUGAGGACCGUCCUUCGAGUGGAGUACACCGACUUCGUCUUGAAUGAGACAGUGGGCACUCACCGCGACAACUCCGCAAGGAUCUCGCAGGUCAUUCAAGAAAGACGACCGCAGUGGUUUAUACAUGUUUUUCGUCGUUCACCUUGCGAGUUCAGUGUUGCUGCCCCUCUACCCGGCACCCUUACCCACUUGGAGGCGUCGAGGAGGGAGGGGGACGGUCAACUCAAAAUUUGGCUCGACAAAGUCCGUCACGACCUGGAAGUGGUUCCUGAAACUUCGGUAUUUGGUCUCCGUCGUUGGCGAAAAAAAUGGGUUGAGCUGCCGGAGUCACACCAAGUACAAGUUCGAAUGAGUAGCGAGACAUGUUGGUUCCCAGCCGGUUUGCCAUCUCUGCAUCGACCUCGGUAGUAUUGUAUUCGGUUGUAUCUGAAGCAUCAUUACAUGGCAUGGCAUAUCUCCUCAUUUCUUUUAGCGGAUUCUUCUAAGAGACUUUUUAUAACCAUCAAAGAUAACUUGGUCUCGAAGUUGUCGGGUCUUCUUUGUCUUUUUGAUGGCCGGAGUAGGCCUAGGACAGUUUGAGGAGUCUUCACACAUUUUCGUAGCAAAGAAUCGGUUGCCCUCCGAGUGUUUAUAGCUGGGACGUCUCGUUUUCCGUUCCUCCUGCAGGUUUUCUCUUUCUACCAACCCAGUUCCGCAUUGCUUCUCUCCCGACACUGAGUCUCCAGUAGCAUGGGACUGUCUCCAGGUCCACUACUCUCCGCCACCAGGAUUGGAAACAGUUUUCAACCCGUCGGCCUGCGAGACCUACACCCGCCUUUUCCAAUUCCUCCUAACGCUUCGCAGAACUGAGCAGGAUCUCCAUCAAUACUGGGCUCGAGAGACAACUGGCCGGAGGGCGAACCGUUAUGUUCGACCCCCAGUGCUCUCGCCGAAGACGGCUGACGAGGGAACUGACAGCACAGACCAACAUCUGUUGGUGGUGAACCAAAUGGCCUUCAUCGUCGACCACUUGAAUUGCUAUCUCCAAGUUCGUUCCAGAAUCUGUCGUCUGUUUAUUUUUUAGCAGCAGCCUUCUACACAGUUCACCUGCAUAGCCUCAUUUCCCAAAUAACCUUAUGCAUUUUUGGUGACUAGCCGUUGUCAACCAGGUUAUAUCCGGUUGAAGGAGGAACACCAGGUAGCUAGGUGAUGCAAUAGGCCUAUAGAAUCAAAAGCACAAGUCUGCAAUUGGACGACUAUGCCCGUCCAACCAACUGGUCCAUGUGGUCUCCACAUCCGGGUUUCGGCACUGCUGACAUAUAUUAGCGGCACUUUUAUUAGGCUCGAGUUUUUUGGACUUUGAAGCCUUUGUGACCAGUCUUCAACCUUGCAUUGGGGCCAGUCCACCAUCCACCGGUCUUAGCCGCACAGAGGAAUUGCAUAUGACCUUCUUUGCUCUCAGAGAGUUUUAACAGACUCAGAACAAGUUGUCCAGCUCACAUCCGCUCAGUCUACUGCGCAUGCCACGGGUUUUCUAAUUCCACCUUUCCUCGGCGAUCAUAAAAACGAGGGGCUGGGUGUGUAUGGCAGCGCUCCGGUGUUGGUAGCAUUGCCAGGUAUGUCUGCUGAUAGGUUAGCUCACUCAGAGAGAUAAGGUAAACAAACGCAGUAUAUCACUACCGACAAUGACAAGGGAGACUGGAAUGACCAUUUUUAGCUUAUUAGCCGUUGUCAGUCAUUCAUACUUAACCCUCAAGGGCGUAACACCUGGGGCUCGAUCUCACAACCUGCUGGUUAGAAGUCCAAAGCCUCUAACCAUUGAGCCAUGCCCCCGUUGUCCUGUCGGUUGUGAUCGGGUAUACACAGUGCUAGGGGGGCGCUCACCGAUCGCGUUACGCAACCCACUCGUCUCGUUGUACCCUGGCAGUCUCCCUCGGGCCCCACCAGCAGCCGCACAGCGGCGCGUAAUAUAGGCAGAAUAGCAUUGCCGAUAGGACAACGAGCGCGUGGAUCCCAACUUGCACUUUGCUGUGGAUUUCGGAAUCGCCAAAAUCAGCACCGUUGAUUGCCGAUACUGGCGUAAGUACAGCCAAAUUGCAAUCAAGCGAAGACACGUCGUCCUGCCGUCUGACCUAAAUAAACAUUUUAGGGAAGAAGGGUCCUCCGGGCAAAAGUAUGAGGCCAGCACUAAGGGUCGUGGCCCAUUCUCAUAGGCCAAGACCAAGAACUCAAGUCCGAUAUGUGCCGCAGUUGUCUAUGAAAAUGGUUCCUGCGCCGAAGACUAAAAGUGGCCUCGAAACAGGUUUCUGUGUCCUAUCUUGUUAUGCACUGGUUUCAGCCGUAAGGCCUUUCCAAAUUAACUGACUCAAUCCUCGCCAACUCUAAUUUGUCAUUAGAAGAUAAAGAACGCCAGAAGGAGACACUUUUCCUGCCCAGAAACCUUAGAUGCCCUCAGGGUGCAGUGGCUGCUGGCGAUAUCGAGGCGUGUUCUAGCCGAGUAACUUCAUGUCUGCGAGUGUGGGUCUGGGGUUUUUCGUAGUUUCUCAGGGAUUGGUAGCUGAAUUAGACAUCCUGUGUUGAAUUACCCAGGGUACCCGAGACAGUCGGUCGAAUUCGCUGGCAGUCGACUCAACCGUUUGGUCAGCGCACCUGCCAGAUUGGAACGUGUUGGUUGGCAUGAUGUGGCCUUUUAACAGGAACUCCGGCGGGGGGGGGGGUAAAUGAGAGUGAGUGCAUGUGCUCAAGCAAUGAAACAGGAGUUAGGCGGUGCCGUGCCAAUAAUCAGCUACAGCUUAUUUCUGAACCUGAGGAGUUAGCCAGAUAACACCCAAAGAUUCGAGUCUGCUUGCGGCUCUUGAUAGGAUUCUUCUUACUCUUCUCCCUCUCGCCUACAGGUGGAUGUCAUUGCGGCACAGUUUGAUCGACUGAUGCGAGGCCUGCAGGAUCAACAGCUGCUGGGCUCCGUGGAGGCACUGCAUGAGACAUACCUAGCGGGUCUACAGGCCCAGGCCUUCCUUCUGCACCCUAUUGUGAACCCCUGUCUGAUUCGCCUCCUGGCUGUUUGCCGCAAAUUUGUGCGUCUAAAUCAGCAGCCAGUACCAGCGGUACCAGGCGCUGAUGGGGAUGCAGGAGAUGGUCACCUCAGCGGCGGCGGCGGCGGCGACGGUGUCCUGUCGCCCUGGACGGUGCUGCGUGCGGAAUUCGAGCACCUGGCCUUUGUACUCUUCACCAGUCUGUCCAGCGCUCGCACCACCUCCAGUCGGGGCAUCGGAAUGGGCAUCCCGGCUUCCACUGGGGGCGGCAGUUGCAACAGCCAGACGGGAGGCCAUUUGGCCCAGCUCCUUUUGAGACUGGAUUUUAACCGGUUUUUCGGUAGAUUUGCUUCUGAGGGAAGUUGA